AUGCUCUACAGGCGCGUGCCGCACCCUCCCAUCACCUAUCAGCCCUAUUCACCCCCACAAACCUUCCCGCUCCCCAUCAAGGCGGUCAGCAUUGAGGCCAAGGUGGCCGACUUGUGCGCGUCGGUGACCAUUCGACAGAAGUUUGUCAACACCGAGGAGACUCCCAUCGAAGCCAUCUACCAGUUCCAGUUGGAGGACAAGGCCACCGUGAGCGACUUCACGGCCUUCAUCGAUGGCAACAAGAUCAAGGGCACCAUACAGGAGAAGGAAGAGGCCAGGAACACCUACGAUGACGCGAUCGCGAGCGGACACGGAGCGUACAGGAUGGAGGAGAACGAGGAGGAGCCCAACCUCUUCACCGUGAAUGUGGGCAACCUGCCGCCGGGCAAGGAGGUGGAGGUGGUGAUCACCUACGUCACCGAGCUCGAGUUCGAAGAGGGGCAGCUCAAGUUCCGCAUCCCCUCCAACAACCAGAACCCAUCGUACACGGCGGCCGGCAACUCGCCGCCGCAGCUCAAGCUGCAGGUCCACUUCGACAUGACGAGCAACAUCAAGCAGCUCUCGUCGCCGUCGCACCCGAUCUCGUUCGAGUUUGGCGACGAGCCCACGCAGGCCACGGUGACCCUGGGCGACACCACCAAGACGCAGGCCCAGGACCUGGUGGUGCUCACCAAGCUCGCCAAGCCCCACGAGCCUUGCGGUCGGGUGGAGGUGGACGAGAAGGGCACCAAGACGGUGAUGGUGUCGCUCUACCCCAAGCUGGCGCAGGACGACGACGAAGACAUCUACACGGAGAUGAUCUUCAUCGUCGAUCGAUCCGGAAGCAUGGCGGGCAGCCGGAUGCAGCAGGUCAAGGACACGCUGCACAUCUUCCUGCGAAGCUUGGGCGAAGGCACCCAGUUCAACAUCAUCGGCUUCGGCAGCCGCACGCAGCACCUGUUCCCCAGCGGCAGCGUCGAAUACAACGACAAAAACUUGGAACUGGCGACCAAGCACGUUGAUCAGAUGUUCGCUAAUCUGGGCGGCACCGACAUCCUCAAGCCGCUGACGGAGGUCCUCCAGCAGCCGCCCAAGGAAGGCUACCCUCGCCAGCUGUUCAUCCUCACCGACGGCGAGGUGAACAACACGCAAGAGUGCAUCCAAUUCGUGCGCAAGCACGCCGACACGACGCGCGUGUUCACCUUCGGCGUGGGCAACGAAGCCUCGCAGGAUCUCGUCAAGGGUCUCGCCAAAUCCGGCGAGGGCUUCUUCGAGUUCGUGAGACCGGGCGAGGGCAUGGAGGAGAAGGUCAUGCGGCAGCUGCGGCGAGCCAUGCAGCCGGCGCUCACCGACGUCACCGUUACCUGGAAGGGUGCCACCCAGGUGGAGCCGGCCCCGUUCCGCUUUGCGCCCGUGUUCUGCGGCGGUCAGUUGGUGGUGUACGGCAUUGUCAAGAAGGGCCAGGUCGACUCAGAUAACAACGUCGAGGUCGUAGUCCAGGCCAAGACCGUUCUCAAGCCCUUCGAGGCCGCAAUCCAGGUCGACCUGAGCAAGGCCAAGCCCGGUAACCUGCUCCACAAGCUCGCAGCCAAGACCCUCCUCAAGAGCAUCGAUGAUGGCCGGAGCUAUCUGCACGAUGCGGCCGGGAAUGUCAAGAGCGGAGGUCAGGCGGGUCUGGUUGCCGAGGCAGUGCGCAUCUCGCUGGCAAGCGGCGUGCUGUGCAAGCACACGGCGUUCGUGGCCGUCGAGGAGCGGGAGGACGCCACCGAGAGCACUAUGCAAGUGCGCAAGAUCCCCAUCACCUUCGAAAAAGCUCCGCCACCGCCUUCCCCACUCUUCUACUCUCCUUAUCCGAACGGUACGCGUCUCGUCGUGUCUUGUUGCUAG